AUGGUCGUGAAACCCGGAAAACCGUGCCAGACGUCGCUGCCGAUGCCGGAAACCUCUUGCUCGUCGUCGCGGUCCCCACAAGUCGGAACCCUGCCGACCGAAUACAAACGAAUGUCCGAAUCGCGUAAGGAGCCGGCGGAUCGGCCGCCCUCCAACAAGAUGUACAUGCUCAUUCCGAUGCUCAUUUGCGUCAGUCUCGUCUGGUUCGCCUGGUCCCAAUGGCACAAUCCGCCGCAGGUCCAACACAGACCGCCGCAAAGGGCCCAGGAUCCCGCAGGUUGGUCGGAGAACGAAAGCAAAAGAAAAAGAAAGAAGAUUAGCCCCCCGGGGGAUCGAACCCACGACCCUACGCUUCCAAUCCCAAAACGUUUGCACAAGACCAUGCGUGCAGCUGGCGCUGGAGGGGCCCAGAGUGAUGAGGUGCGCGGGCUUGCAAGGGGUGUGCGGAAACACUUUUUUUUGAAUUUUCACAACCGAAAGCCAUUUUGCAACCGUAACGACGGCCGAUUUGCGAUGAUUUAUCGGAAGUGCGUAAAUUGGCGCAAUUUAUCAUCGCCGUCUUCGAAUUGGCCAAGUUUAUCCGGAAAUCGGACAUUUCAAACACCACGAACCUUUUCUUUUACAAACGAUAGAGCGCAUCCUCAUAAUUUCGCCUAAAAUUGUGAGUUUUUCAGCGAAAAAGCGAGUUUGGUGGAUGCCGGACCUCUUGAAAACGUUACCGCCGUUCGCGGACGGGUACCGAGCGGAAAAGUACGUGGAAAAGUACAAUAUCACGUCGUGUUACAUCAAUGGAAACUUUCCCGAACUGAACGCCGCAAUCUUCUGCUAUCUAUUCGAUUCGCAGCUUUUUGCCAACGAAAAUCGGACAAUUUCCGAGGAUUUGAGUGGCGACGGGUGAGUUUUUGGGGUUUAUCUCGAAAACCAGAAGAGAUACGGCAAAAUGACAAGAGAGAAAAAUGAUCAGCAUGAAAUUCUCUAUCGAUUGAUAUACAUGAAGCCAUAUUUAAAACACCAUUUUUUUAAAAGUUUAGUUUUCACAUAAGCCCCGCCCCUUUUUGCAGACUCUGCGGCGCGUCGCCCCCGUUGACGAUGACCUCGUGGGAACAGUGGAAGAAAUUGUUGACGAAAAAAGUGAGAAGAAUCGCUGUGGUUCAACACCCUUUGGAACGAUUUGCGAGGCAGUUCCGGCAGAUUUGUGAAAUGUGUGUGAAACGGACAAUACUUGAAGAAGAGUGCAUUUUUCAGAGAGCAAAAAUGUUUCGAUUGCAAGGACAGCAUCGCGUGUUUCAUGCGAAAAAUAUUAAAAGAGCAUCAGAAAUUGGCGGAAGGCCUUCAAGGACACAUUCGCACGUUUUUGACGAAUAAUUUCAGUCCGCAGACGUGGUAGGUUUGUUGAAAAUAUCCAGAAAUCAUUGUAUUUUCGAUUAGAAAGUUUUUCUAAUUUUUUUGGACCCCUAAAACACGGUUUCCUGUGGCGAUACGCUGCGCCCUCCUCGAUCGGCGCACUCUCUCGCCGCCAGCCGCACACAAAGCAUAGCGGUGGGCGGAACCCGCGAGGUGUCGGCUGCUACGCGAAUAGGUAAACGGCCGCCGCGCCAGGCACGUUCACGUCUGGUGAUGCUAAAAAAGGUCUGGUUUCGCUAAAACAACAGCCGAACGAGAACAUGUCGAGAUACCUUGGCUGUCUGAGGACGUAAUUUUGGAAUCUUGUAGGAAUUGUCACUUCAAUCGCGACUUUCUCAAUAUCGAAACGCUGAAAUUGGGAGGAAACGCGACGGAGAAGGCGCAAUUUGUGGGGAAUUUGAAUGCGGUGCUCGGCGAGCAAGGAGUCAGCCCGGCGGUUCAGAAGAUUAUUCGGGACGAAGUGAUGAGUGAGUGGUUUUUGGAAACUACUAGUUUAAAACCCGUUUUUUUCCCAGAAAUCCCGAUGGAAAUGAGCAAAGAAGAGCUGAAAAUCAUGAAAACGGUGCGCGAGGACGAGGAUUUGUGGCGGCUUUUCCGAUAUUUGUACGAACACGAUUUCACUAUUUUUGGCUAUACCCUCUAA